UUUUCUCUUCUUAAUAUUUGUUACAAUGGAUAAUGCAUCCUUAAAGUUACCAAAGAAAGGCAUUGCUUCUUAUUUAGGCUAUCCAAGAUCCAAGAAAUGCUAAACCCAAAUGUGACAUUUUGCGGCUAAUGAAUUUUGCAAAUUGAAAGCAACUUCACACUUUGGAUUUUGUAUCCAAUAUGUUCAAAUUCCUCUUUUUUUUUUGUUAAAUAAUUCGAUAUACAAAUAUGCUAACGAUGAAUCAUUUUUUUCCAAUUCUAUUUCCUACAAGGACAGGACAUUAGCAAAACACUAAGAAAAAGGCGAAAAUAAUAUGCUUAUGAACAUAAUUUCCUGUAAAACGAUUUCAUUUUCAUUGCUUUUGUGCGCGUUCUUUUCUUACACUUUUGCUUACAAUUUCAUUAUUCGUAAUAACUGCCCUUUUACAAUAUGGCCUGGUACACUGGCUGGUGCGGGAACUCCUCCACUUCCCGCGACUGGCUUUCGAUUAGAUGCAGGGCAAAGCAUCACAAUUCCAAGUGUAGCUGGUUGGUCAGGGAGAAUAUGGGCUAGAACUGGCUGCACUUUUGAUGCAUCAGGUAUUGGCUCGUGUCAAACAGGCGAUUGUGGUGGGAAGCUUGAAUGUAGUGGGCUUGGUGCCACGCCACCUGCCUCCCUCUUCGAGAUAACUCUUGGCGUGGGAGACAACAAAGAUUUCUAUGAUGUUAGUAUUGUUGAUGGCUAUAAUUUACCAAUGGUUGCUCUACCUCAAGGCGUCAACGGGGGAUGCAAUGCCACUGGCUGCCUAUCCAAUCUUAACAUGGGUUGUCCAAAAGAACUUCAAGUGAUGGGUGAAUAUGGAGGAGAAGGGAAUGUGGUGGCUUGCAAGAGUGCAUGUGAGGCUUUUGGUUUAGACCAAUAUUGCUGUGCAGGACAGUUUGCAAAUCCAACAACUUGUCAACCAUCUUUUUACUCAACUAUCUUUAAGAAUGCUUGUCCAAGGGCUUAUAGCUAUGCAUUUGAUGAUGGCACUAGCACUUUUACAUGCAAAGCUAAUGACUAUGCAAUCAUCUUUUGCCCAAUGAAUGGGGUAAAGAGGCCUAAUGAAGAAGGAUCAACAACUCAAGCAACUCAGCCUAUUGAAGAGAGUAAAACUGGAAAAUUUGCAGAAACUAUGGCGUCAACUUCAAACAUUAUACUCCUUCCUUUUCCAAUGUUGAUUCAUAUGUUGCUAAUUUUCAGCUUAUAUCUCUAAGCAUCUAUAUAUUAUUCACUUAUUAAGAUAAAAAAAAAUUUGUUUACGUUUCAAAUACAAUAAAAUGACUAUGUCAUUCACUUAUUUUUUUUGAA